AGAUGUAUGGUUUAUUUUUCCUUGGAGCAAUCUCACUUGAAGGCUGUACUUGUGCAAUUGAUUGUUAUAUAGUAGUGUGAUGCAAGCUUAAAUUCUAUCCUGCAACAAUUUCCUUUGCUUUUAUAGACAUUUGCCUAAGGUAUCUCUUCAAAAAUGCUUUCGAUGUGGAAACGUAGUUACCUAAUCUGUUUCUCUUUUUUUUUGGGAUGUAUAAUUUGGUCAGAAUCUGUUCUCAUACUUUGGGAGGUAUAAUUAGGUCUCAUCCUUGGAAAUGUUGAUGGUUUCCUUUGGUUGUAAUUAUCGAAUCCUUUAUGCUACAUAUCAUCAUAAGGGGAUAGAAGCAUAGAUUUAGGUGAUGACGUCCUAAUUAAAAUUCCACUCUUUGCGUUUUCCUCUUAGAUUUGAUAUCUAAUGUUGUAUAAAAAGGGACACGUUCUUGUUGGAAGAUGGAGACACUGUAGAGGCCAGGCUUGUUUGGCAACCAGAUCAUAGCAUUAGUUUUCUUCACAUCCUCCACCAUAUUGUUUGGGUCUUGCGCUGCGAAUGCUAGCUUUAGAUUUUUCCAUUUUAAUUGGCAUUUUACAUUAAGGGUUCCGAUUAAUAUGGGAUUUAGUUUUAAUUCUCGUCAAUGCAUGAUCAGGUUAAAUAUUAUCCACAGGUCACGGAUGAGGUUAAAUAACUCAUCGAGGUUAAUUAGUAUCAAUUUGGAUUUGACUUCAUUUACUACAAUAUAAAAAACACAUACAAACUACGUGAUCAGGUAUGACACAUGCCAAUACAAAUAUGCAUUUCAUUAUAAAUAAGAUUAGCAGUUAGAUUCGUAACGUAACAGUAAUAAUUAAUAUAUUUACAAAAAGGGUAUGAUCUGGGAUGGAAAUUAAUCAAUGCUUAGUCUCCACAGGAAAUAUUUUGGCAAUUCAUAGUAUCCGGAAGAAGUUGAGCAAAUCUCUCACUGCAUCCCACCUGCUUCCUGUUGCUGAAAGGAGUAGAGGGGAAGCGAGAAUCGGAGGGAGGCCUGCAGAUGGAAGGACUCGUCAAGGGUUUGAUGAACGCAGCCCUAGACGCCGUCGCCGGUGAGGAAGACGAAGACGCCGCCGCUGCCGCUAGAAAACAGUCCUCUCCUGCCGAGGAGCGAUCCAGAUCCACCUGGGCGGAGGUGGUUUCCUCGGGGCAUGAGGAGGAACAUGAGCGGGUCCCAGAGAGCGAUUGUGGUAACGGUCGAAACCAAAGGGUCGCUAGAAAGGAGGAGAGUGAAAUGCAGGAUGAUGGAGAAUGGAUGGUCGUUGGCGUCAAGAACAAGAAGCAUCAGCAGACUACACCCAGAAGGCCACACAAGGCAGUAAUGAAAUUCUGGGGUGUGUAUAAGCGGCCCCCUAAUGAGCAGGAAUACAUCAAUGAAGCUAAUAAUGGCAUGGGUUUAGAACCGAUCAGAGAGGAGCUUGACAAUUUGUCAAAAGCCUGCAUCAGGUUAUGGGAACUUGAUCUUAAUCGUUUGGUGCCUGGCAAGGACUAUGAUAUUGACUGUGGUCAAGGGAAGAAGGUUUAUCAAAAAGGAGAUAUGGCAUCAAAAAGCUUGUUUUCCUGGAUAAGCGAAGACAUAUUUAUGCGGCCUACAUACUCUCGUUUUUGCUCUCUUCUGGACAAUUACAACCCAAAUGUGGGGUGUAAAGAAGUCAUAACUUCUGAGGAGAAACAUGAACAAGCUGCAUUUAUUGAGGAAAUAAGCAGGACGGCACCGAUUAAGUAUCUUUACCACUAUUUAGUUGCCAAGGACAUAAUAUCCAAUGAUUAUGAAGACUUCAAGAGAAUGAUGUCAGAUCUAUGGUUUAAUCUAUAUGGUCGAGGUGGCCAUUCCAGUUGCUCUUCAGCUUUUGAACAUGUAUUUGUUGGAGAAAUUAAAGGGCGUGAAAAAUAUGAGGUCUCUGGUUUCCAUAACUGGAUUCAGUUCUAUCUAGAAGAAUGGAAAGAGAGAGUAGACUACCAAGGCUACAUAUUCCCAAAGAAGCGAGGAGAGAGCCCAGACUCUGAAACUCAGCUGCUAACUAUUCAGUUUGAAUGGAAUGGUGUUCUGAAAUCUGUCUCAAGUACUUUAAUUGGAGUGAGCCCAGAAUUUGAAAUUGCACUGUAUACUCUAUGUUUUUUUGUGGGUGAAGAAGAUAAUCAUGUUUGUCUAGGUCCAUAUUCUGUCAACAUAAAGUGCUAUAGGCUGGGAAAAAAUAAGAUUGGAUCGGUAUUUCCUGUGGCCGAAAUUUAAUUCUAGGGUUUAUUUAAAUAAGGUGGAGGGAAGCUAAUGAUUUUUGUAGGUUCCAAUAAGUGUUACGUUUUUUCAAUCUUUCUUCUAUCGGCUAUCAUUUUUGUCGUCAUGUCCAUGCCGAAUUCUCAAAUUUUGUGUUGGCUAAUUAAGCAGUAGAAAAUUUCAGUUCCAUUUA